AUGAGAAAAUCGGAAGGAUUUAGCGUGAGUGACAAAGGGGAUAAUUCCUUCCAAUUCUUUUUUAAUAAAAAAGUGGAUGUCUUGCGUGUUGAACGUGGUUCUCCAUGGCUAUUCAAAGAUUAUGUACUCCAUGUCAAGAGAUGGAAAGAAGAUCAGAACUGUGAUGAAGAGAUUAUUUUCAAUUUUUCAGUUUGGAUUCAAUUUUGGGGUUUGCCAGAAUCGUUUAAAACCCUUGAAGUUGGACGUAAAUUGGGAGAGAAACUGGACACAGUGUUAGAGGUAGGUAAAUUUCAAAUGCGAGACAAAAAAACUAUGAUUGUCAAGGCCAAAAUCAAUAUUGAUACUACCAGACAAGUGAGAGAUCAGUUAAUAGUGGCAGAACCUAAUAAAAAGGAGGUAGAAGUGGCACUGCGCUAUGAGAGACUUGGAAAGUUCUGUACCUAUUGCGCAAAAUUGGGACACGAGGUGAAAAACUGCCAUGAUCUGCUGAAGGACACAAAGAGUGAUAUGGUAAAAGAGGAUGACAUUGGCGAAUUGAAAUUACCUUAUAAAAUUAAGGUUUUUCUAUGGAAAAGUCUUCAUGAAAAACUUCCGGUGUUGCAACAAGUUCACAGCCGAUUCGCAUCCACUUCUGCCACUUGUCCAAGAUGCAUGUUGAAAGCUGAAUCAAUUUCUCAUGCUUUGUUUCAAUACCCCCUGUCUUCAAUAAUAUGGAGCCUAAGUUUAAUAACCUUAGAUGAGAGAAGAAAAGACAUUUUUCAAUUGGUGGCAACGAGUCUUAUUCUGGGCAGCAGCUCAAUUCGACGAUAG